CAGGAGGACAGGCCGUCUCAGCCAGUAGGACCCGUCAGGUUGAGGCUGCAAGAGGCUGAACAACAACACAAUUCGCCUUAUUAUUAUUAUCAUCAUCACUUUUCACUGUAAAUACUGUUUUCAUCCGGAUAUAAAGCCAUGAAUCCUGAUAUUAUGAAGGAGCGGCAAAACGCCACUUUUGACGUCGAGAAACUGACACACAUUUUGGACGGCGGCCCAGAGAAGACCAAGAGAAGGCGAGAAAUUGAGUUAAUGGUUCUCAACGACCCAGACUUUAAGGAGGAGGAUCCAAACUUCCUGUCCCGCAGCGAGCGCUACGACCAGGCUGUAAGAAAAAGUGCCCAGAUGAUCUUGAAGCUCAGAGAGUAUGGCAUUGCAGACCCAGAGGAGAUCUACUGCUAUAAGAAUAUGGUCAGAGGCAACGUGCAUGAGGCCAUGGGGCUACACUUUGCCAUGUUCCUCCCAACACUGUACAGCCAAUGUGACCCCCAGCAGUCCAGGAAAUGGUUACCUCUGGCAGAGUCCUACCAGGCUGUGGGCACGUAUGCUCAAACUGAGCUGGGUCACGGUACUCACCUCAGAGGGUUGGAGACCACAGCUACAUAUGACCCAGCCACACAAGAAUUUGUCUUAAACAGUCCCACAGUCAGCUCCAUCAAAUGGUGGCCUGGAGGACUUGGGAAGACCUCAAACCAUGCUAUAGUUUUAGCCCAGCUUUACACACAGGGAAACUGCCACGGUCUGCAUGCUUUCAUUGUACCCAUCCGCGACAUGAACACACACGUGCCCCUGCCAGGAAUUGUGGUUGGAGAUAUUGGCCCGAAGUUUGGCUUUAAUGAAGUUGACAAUGGCUUCCUAAAACUAGAGAACGUACGAAUCCCACGGGAGAACAUGCUGAUGAAAUACGCCAAGGUGGAGCCAGAUGGAACCUAUGUAAAGCCACCAAGUGCCAAGCUGACCUACGGCACCAUGGUGUUCAUCCGCUCCAUGAUUGUAGGCGAGUCAGCUCGGUCCCUCGCCAAGGCCUGCACCAUCGCCAUCCGCUACAGUGCUGUUCGUCACCAGUCUGAAAUCCGUCCGGGAGAGCCAGAGCCCCAAAUCCUCGACUAUCAGACGCAGCAGUACAAGCUCAUCCCUCUGCUGGCUACAGCCUAUGCCUUCACUUUUGUCGGCCAGUACAUGAGGGAAACUUACCACCGUAUCAGUGGAGACAUCAACGAGGGGGAUUUCAGUGAAAUGCCAGAGCUCCAUGCCCUGUCUGCGGGGCUGAAAGCAUUUACCACAUGGACAUCCAACACAGGCAUCGAGGUGUGCCGCAUGUCAUGUGGUGGCCAUGGCUACUCUCGCAGCAGCGGCUUGCCAGACAUUUAUGUUGAGUUUACCCCUACAUGCACGUACGAGGGGGAGAACACAGUCAUGAUGCUGCAGACUGCACGAUACCUGGUGAAAAGCUACCGGCAGGCUAAAGCAGGCCAGCAGCUGAGUGGUAUUGUGUCAUACCUGAAUGAAGCAGAGCAUCGGAGAGUUCAGCCCCAGCCUGUCGCUGCCAGACCAACUGUGGUUGACAUAAAUGACCUGGCUAGCCUGGUGGAGGUCUACAAACUACGAGCUGCCAUUCUAGUUGGGCUGGCAGCUAAGUGCAUCCAGCAGGAGCUGCAGCGCAGAAAGAGCCAGGAAGAUGCCUGGAACAACAGUGCCAUCGACCUGGUCAGAGCCUCAGAUGCCCACUGUCACUAUGUUGUGGUGAAGCUUUUUACUGACAAGCUGGGGGAGAUCGGUGACACAGCAAUACACUCAGUGAUGUCAUCCUUGGCUCUGCUCUACGCCCUGCACGGCAUCACAAAUAACUCAGGAGACUUCCUACAGGCUGGACUGCUGAGUGUGCCUCAGGUGCUGCAGAUUUCCAUUCGUAUCAAGGAGCUGCUGUCUCAGCUGAGGCUCAACGCUGUGGCUCUGGUGGAUUCCUUUGACCUCCAUGACAGGAAUCUGAAUUCAGUCCUUGGACGAUAUGAUGGGAAUGUCUAUGAAAACAUGUUUGAGUGGGCUCGCCGCUCACCCCUCAAUGCCACAGAGGUCCAUGAAUCUUACCACAAGUACCUGAAGCCCCUGCGGUCCAAACUGUGAGCUGACCCUUGCACCUUGAUUCCUGGCUGUGACCCUUCAACUCUGUGUAUAUAGGCAUAGCAUUAACAGUGUUCUGUCAACCCCAUAAUGAUCUUCAUUUGCCAUCAACUGGUAUUUACCAGAAAUUUUGCCCCCUCUCUGUAUGUGGUCAAGUUUGAAGGCCAUGGUAUGUAGACCACAGGUUUGUGGGGAUGAUGAUGUUGACAAUGAUGAUAGGGUUAAUCACAGUGGGCUGUAAAGAGAGAGAACAAUCUGAAAACAUUGCCAUUAAUACAUGGACUAGAAACAACACCAGAAAUUAUAAUUGUAUUUAAAAAAUCUCGAAUGAAUUCAUGAUUUUGGAUGCAAUAAUAGCUUUUAGAAUACUGAAACAAUCAAUUAUUUUCCUUUUUUUACAUAACGAGAACAGAAUGUUAUUAUGAACAUUACAUAAUUUUAGAGCAUUUUAUGUGAGGAACAGGCCAACAGCAUAAUCUGUUUUGGUUGUUUCCCCUGACUACACGGACAAACUUGGUAUUUGAAAAGACACUGUGCCAUUUGUCAUUCUUGUUAUUAAAGAGGCACUCGUUUAUACAUGAUCUUUAUCGAUUGCUGUCGACAUAAAGCUGACGCAUCUUUUCUUCUUCACUGUUCCAUACCCAUGAAUUAUGAUGUAUGAUGUGACUGAUAUAGACCUCAGUCACAGUGCAGUUUGCCUCGGAUAAACAGGCUAGUAAAGAGACUUACAGCAGGAAUAUUUGUACACAUAAAUAGAUAAAACCACUGCAUUUACAUCAGGUUCAACUGUGCUUCAGAGCGGUAAUAAUUUUAAUUGCUAUGCCUUAAAAGUCACUGUCUUAUAUUGUAUGAAACUGUUCCUCACAGCCUUAAUGACAACUUUAUCCAAAAUGUAUGCUAUUAGCAUUAAAUACUGUCUCUCUGUGGGCUAGAAAGGGUUUUUGUUGAUAGCUUUGUAGAGAACAGUGACAGGGUCCCCACCUUGAAUCUGUGUCAGCCACAAUGAUCUGCAGUCCUAACAGGACAGAAAAACACCUAGCAUCUCCCUGCUGCUGUAUUUCAAUCACAGAGGUAAAACAAUCUACCUUUGAUCUCAGCCCAGCCGCCUGUCACAUCUCUUGCUGUAUAUCAUUGUCAUACUUUAUAUUCUUAACUGUACUCCACUCUUAAAAUUUUGAGCUCAAUGGAGAGCAGAGAGGCCAGUGUGAGACAGUGGAAUGAUUCAGUGGCUUUCAAAGACUUGCCUAUGAUGAAAUUAAACACUUUGGAGUGAUUUCUUCUAAAUUUCUCAUUUUUUGAGAAGAUUUGCUCACUUUCAGGAUGUUUUAUCAUGUAUGGUGGUUCUCUGUUAAACUGUGUUCAGUCAUUAAAGUCAAUGAUUUCAUGAUUCUGUGCAUCCGCAUGCUCUUGAGUGUGUUCAUGGGACAGAACGCUUAUAAAUGAUAAAGUGUGUACAAAGGCCACAUAUGCACACUGUAUAUGUGAAUUAGUAUUCUCCCUCCCUGCUGUGUGGGGUUGAUAUAUUAUAAAGAAGGGUCAAAAGCCCAGAUAGCACAUUUCAAAAUACAAACCUGAAAUAAAUAAAUUUUUAAUAUGAUGUCAUGUUCAAAUCCUGCUGACUUUUUCUGUUUCAAAUAUUGAUAUGAUUAAUGGAUAUUUUUUCCCCUAGAUUACAGUAAUUUUGGUAUUACAGGGUCAAAAAAAUCCAUUAUACAUUGAUUUAGCAGGCAGAAUUAGUAGCAACAGAACUACUCAAAUAAAGCUCAUUUGUGACUGUAGUGAUAUGGUAACCAGGAGAGCUUUAAUCUAAAGCCUCACUGUGAACUGUAAACAUGAUUUAUGGGAUAAACAUGUACCUGGGGAAGUUGGCUUUUCUUAAUCUAACUAAUGGAGAAUUUUCUCUCACAAGGCUCAUAACAUUUCACUUUCUGUAUUCGUUUGACUUUUAAAUAUUAGAUUUCUGCUGUACGAGUACGAUUAUCAGUAUGUACUGUAUUUACAAGCAGUUUGUUAACAUAUGUGUGAUAAUUUGUUGACGUGAAAGAAUAAUAAUGAUUUUAAACAUGAUUUUAAUGGUUGGUAAAUAACUUGAUCUGUAAGAAUAUUAAAUAAUAAAUG